AUGUCGGGCCGUCGGCACACCGAGGCCAAGGAGAUGAUGAGGAUUCAGGGCUGUUACAUGUACAUGAUAAACAAUUCAGGCAAAAUAGGCGCCUUUCUUGGCUUCAAAACACUAACCAUUGUUGUGACUCAAUGCAAUGAAGAUGUGGAUCCUGCCAACGCUUUUCUCCAGUGCUACCGUUGGUUUUAUCCCCUUUCUCGCUCAUUUGCCCCUAUCUACGUGUGGGGUCCGGAUAAAAUUAUAUUCCCAGAGCCAUUUUCUCCCUUGGAAGAACCAAGUUACAUUAUAAUCAGGCUUCCGUACGCUAUUUCGGAAUUUCAAAAGGCCACGCUCUGGAACCUCAUGGAUAUGUUUGCGCAUGUUAGAGGCCGAUUCCAGAAAAUAACUCCUGAAGAAAGAGAGGCUUUGGAGAGACGUUACUUUUUGACUGAAAUGUUCCCUUUCGAUAUCAGAGACUUGAAUCUUGAACCUCCGAAUAAGAAUGCACCUGAUAUCAAGGUUUUAGAGCCUUUAACUUUUCCACAGCUCUCUUAUAAGGGAAAGCCCUACGUGGAACGACCAAUCAAGCUGUCAGUGGCACUUGUUGAGAAGCAGAAAUGUUGUCUGCCAAAAGGCCGCAGGUCUGAAGUGACGCCAAAAGUGUGUUGCUAUCUUCCGGCCAGAUGUGACAAAACACGUCCCUCAAUUAUUCCACCGUCGCAUGUGCGGGAGAUGCCAAAAACAUCAGCUCCACGGGAGAAGGAAGAGAUAACCGCUGGAGGGGUACCACACAACUGGGUUUCCCUCCCGGACAACUUUGGAAAUAUUCUUCGACAAUACCUUCUGGGACCACGGGACCCUCAACACAUAAAGAUUACAACAAUCCCAAUGGCGGUGAGCAUCAGCGAGGUGGUGCAUGCUGCCGUGAAGCAAGUCUACCGAAAACAGGUUGCGCUUCGUGCUGCCAAGGAGCUGAAGGGCGUCCCACCCAGCUUUGAGGGCAGAAGGGAACGCCUUCUUCACGGCUUUGGAGAACCACCGAAACUUAAUGCGUUUGGUCCAGCCCUGUCAUCGCCCUAUCCCAGGAUUGUAAAAUAUGAAAACGCACCUAGACGAAUUGAUUCGCCCUAUGCGGAGGCUCUGACAUUGCAAAACCUAGAGAUCGCUGCGGCCUUCUUUGAUCACGCUCUUGAAACCUGUAAUUUGUUGCUGCUGAGCUGCGAGCCGGAUUCACCCGAGGUUAAUAAAAUGAAUAAGGAUGACCUCACUCUAGCCUUGACACCUCGUCCAAUCCACGUGCGCUACAAACCACAAUCUACAGCUCUGUGUGUUGAAACCUCUGACACACUCUUUGCCACACUGAUGACUCUCACGCAAUGCAUUGAGAACGAAAUAAUUUACAAACCAACCACCAACUACUUUGAACGUGUUAAUGAGGACUGCGAGCACCAUUAUCCGAAACUGCGUCCAAGGAAUCCCUAUCUGGAUCCGGCGUUUGUCUACUCACGCUAUAUACCCAAGUACCGCAUUCCAGUUAAGGGGCGGUAG